AGCGCUAAUUUCUUCCGCACACUCAGGUGCUUGGCAAAUUUAGUUGGUGGGUAUGGGGGUUUCGUAAUUCUAUUUAAUAGGCGCGGUCAGCUGUUCUUGAACCUGUUCACUCCUGCCGACCCUUCGAUUCAGCGCAACGCCGCAGACCUCCAUCUAUACUAAUAAUAGGCUCAUUACCAUGGGUAGUCUCCCAUCAGUAUUUCCAAGGCCUCAGAUUGUCGAAAACGACAACCGCAAAUCUGUGGACAACACUGCCUCCUCCGCAGGUUCCACAGCCCGCUCGUUGACGAUACCGGUUGUACCAGUGCCGGUAUCCAGUACUACUGUGCAGCCAGAUGCAUCGUUUCAAAUAUCACCGCAAGUCCAGGCAUCCAACGCCGUGGAUGAAAAUCUUGUACCUGGCGCCGUGACUAUAGUACAGCCGGUUACCCCUGGUACACCUGAAACGCAGCCAGUAGCCUUCGAUGUGGACCCAUUUGCCAUUCCGUCUACAUCCAUCAAGAAGCAAUCAGAUUAUUAUAUGGCAUCUGGUGGCUUGGGCGAGAUCUGGAAGUGCUCAAUGAUCAUCGGUUCAGCAGCUCUAGCAACCUCUACUGAGGUUGCUGUCAAAAUUAUUAGGGUUGACGACAUACGCAAUGAAAAAGCCAUCCAAAAAGCGAAGAAGAGACUUCGCCGUGAAGUAGCUGUAUGGAUCAAACUGAGGCAUGCACAUAUUCUCACUCUUCACGGUACGGUCUCCAGUUUUGGACCAUUGCCUGCUCUUGUUUCCACAUGGAUGCACAACGGGGCACUUAAUGGUUACCUGGAGCGCACGAGCCUAACCAUGGAACAGAAACUGAAGCUUUCGAAACAGGUGGUGGAUGGCUUGAGAUAUCUUCAUGAACAGGGAGUAAUUCACGGGGAUCUGACCAGUACGAAUGUUCUGAUCGACAGCGAUGGCAAUGCAUUUUUGGCAGAUUUCGGUCUCUCGGUGGCUCUCGCAGAGGGUGACAGAUCGUACUAUCACUCGUAUUCGAGUGGCGCUGUUCGGUGGUUAGCGCCAGAAUUGAUCGACUUACCGGAUCCAGAAAGCAUUCUGGAUGACAGUGACAGCGUUGUCAGCUUACCGAAACCGAACAGUCACAGCGAUGUAUUUUCGCUCGGUUGCAUCAUGCUACAUGUCUUCUCGGGUAAACUUCCCUUCUGGUGGCUUAGAAAUGUUCGACAGCUAUUCAGUGCUCGGUUCAAGCGCGUAGAGCCAUAUCAGCUCGAACCUAGUGUGACCGUUAGCCACCAGCAUCUGGAUUUCAUGCGGAAAUGUUGGUCAGCCAAGCCUGAGGAUCGUCCUUCCACUGGAGAUGCUGCUUCCUUUGUGGAAGAAGAAUUGGCAAAGAUUGUGAUUGCGGCUCCUAUUUAA